CACCUUGUCCUGUCAUGACCUGAUGCACUUCCAGCGCGAUUGAAGCGACUAUGCCUGGCCAGGGGCCUCAAUCCAACCACCGCCGUGGCAACAGCCUAGCACAGUCGCCCGGCUUUGUUGGUUCUUUUACUCGUUUCUGGCAGCGUUCUUAUGCUUCAGACUACAUUGGUCUUGUUAUUCUCCUUAUUGCAUACAUUCUGCUUCAAUUCUUUGCCGAACCAUUCCAUCGCAUGUUCUCCCUCGAUAACCUCGCCAUACAAUACCCGCACGCUGAGAAGGAGAGAGUGCCAGUCACUUGGCUAUUUAUCUACGCUGGUGGUGUUCCUCUAGGGGUGUUGAUAUUUUGGGCCAUAGCUUUCAGGCCGAAGGGACACAAGGCACAUGUCACCAUUCUCGGUUGGUUCAUAAGCUUGAUUCUGACAUUGUUUAUCACGGAUGUGAUCAAGAAUGCAGUUGGCCGACCACGGCCUGAUCUGAUUGCUCGAUGCAAGCCAGUACGUGAGAAAGGCACCUCGGACCAUCAACUCGUGACCUGGGAAGUCUGCACAGAGACGAACCACCACGUGCUCCACGACGGAUGGCGUAGCUUCCCCAGCGGCCACAGUAGCUUUUCCUUCAGUGGCCUAGGAUACCUUGCUCUCUUCAUAGCAGGUCAAUGCCACGUCUUUCGACCUCGAACGGAUCUCGGGCGGGUUCUUUUGGCACUGGCUCCACUGCUCGGAGCUGCACUGAUUGCUAUUUCACGAUGCGAGGAUUACAGACACGACGUUUGGGACGUGACUACUGGAUCGAUAAUAGGUCUAUUGGUAGCCUUCUACACAUACAGAAGAUACUACCCCUCGCUCAAAUCUAGGGGGUGCGAUACUCCGUAUCCCAAUCCAGCAGAUUCGGCGGAUGGCAGGGGUUUUGGGAAGUUGAAAGAUGAGGAGGAGAGAAUACAGAGCGCUCGCGAUUUCGAGGUGGAUGACCUAGACGAUGAUGCAGAGAGCUAUCCUUUAAACAAUAUCAGGAGUUGAUCUCCGUAUUUUGACGCGUUGGAAGGCUUGCCUGAUAUAUAUUUGGCAUCUUCACUCGCUGUGAUCGUGGGGAAC